UUCACAACACAUCCAUCAUGGCUCCCGCUAUCGGUAUUGAUUUGGGUACCACCUACUCAUGUGUCGGUAUCUACCGUGAUGACCGCAUUGAGAUUAUCGCCAACGACCAGGGUAACCGCACCACUCCCUCGUUCGUUGCCUUCACCGACACCGAGCGUCUGAUCGGUGACUCGGCCAAGAACCAGGUCGCUAUGAACCCUCACAACACCCGCCAGGCUACCAAGGAUGCUGGUCUGAUUGCUGGCCUCAACGUCCUCCGUAUCAUCAACGAGCCCACCGCCGCUGCCAUUGCCUACGGUCUUGACAAGAAGGUUGAGGGUGAGCGCAACGUCCUCAUCUUCGAUCUUGGUGGUGGUACUUUCGAUGUUUCUCUCCUUACCAUUGAGGAGGGUAUCUUCGAGGUCAAGUCUACUGCCGGUGACACUCACUUGGGUGGUGAGGACUUCGACAACCGCCUUGUUAACCACUUCGUCAACGAGUUCAAGAGAAAGCACAAGAAAGACUUGACCACCAACCCCCGUGCUCUCCGUCGUCUGAGAACCGCUUGCGAGCGUGCCAAGCGUACCCUCUCUUCGUCUGCUCAGACCUCUCUCGAAAUCGACUCUCUCUUCGAGGGUAUCGACUUCUACACCUCGCUCACUCGUGCCAGAUUCGAGGAGCUCUGCCAGGACCUCUUCCGUGGCACUAUGGAGCCCGUCGAGCGCACUCUCCGUGACGCUAAGAUUGACAAGUCCUCCGUCAACGAGAUCGUUCUCGUCGGUGGUUCCACCCGUAUCCCCAAGAUCCAGAAGAUGGUCUCCGACUUCUUCGGUGGCAAGGAGCCCAACAAGUCCAUCAACCCCGAUGAGGCCGUUGCCUACGGUGCUGCCGUCCAGGCCGCCAUUCUCUCUGGUGACACUUCCUCCAAGUCUACCAACGAGAUCCUUCUUCUCGACGUCGCCCCGUUGUCUCUCGGUAUCGAGACCGCUGGUGGUGUCAUGACUGCUCUCAUCAAGCGCAACACCACUAUCCCUACCAAGAAGUCCGAGACCUUCUCCACCUUCUCCGACAACCAGCCCGGUGUCUUGAUCCAGGUCUUCGAGGGUGAGCGUGCCCGCACCAAGGACAACAACCUUCUCGGCAAGUUCGAGCUUACCGGCAUUCCCCCUGCUCCUCGUGGUGUCCCCCAGAUUGAGGUCACCUUCGACGUUGAUGCCAACGGUAUCAUGAACGUCUCUGCCCUCGAGAAGGGUACCGGCAAGACCAACAAGAUUGUCAUCACCAACGACAAGGGCCGUCUUUCCAAGGAGGAGAUCGAGCGCAUGCUCUCCGAGGCUGAGAAGUACAAGGAGGAGGAUGAGGCUGAGGCUGCCCGUAUUGGCGCCAAGAACGGCCUCGAGUCUUACGCCUACUCUCUCAAGAACACCAUCUCCGACCCCAAGGUUGAGGAGAAGCUCCCUGCCGAUGACAAGGAGAAGCUCCAGGCCAAGAUCAAUGAGACCGUUGAGUGGAUCGACUCCAACACCACCGCCACCAAGGAGGAGUACGAGUCGCAGCAGAAGGAGCUAGAGGCCGUUGCCAAUCCAGUGAUCAGGCUGGCGGUGCNCCCUGAGGGUGGUAUGCCCGGUGGUAUGCCCGGCGGUGCUGGCGCUCCCCCGGCGCCUCCGACGACGGUCCUCAGGUCGAGGAGGUCGACUAAGCGUAACGCU